AUGUCCAAAGUUCAAUUAAGUGAGGAUGAGUUUGAGGUUCUCCUUGAUACCUUGGUAGAAUAUAGAGUUGCAAUACUGAAGACAUGGAAGUUUGCAUGGGAUGACAAUUUGAAGCAAGUGGUCGAUGGUCCUUUCCAUGGUGGUGAUAUAUAUUUGAAGAAAACAGAGUACUACACAAAGCCAUGCCCUCUAUUUGACACUUUGAAGGAGAUAUUUGACCCACCAUCCGACAAUUCCAGUGACAUUUCCACGAGUGUUAACUCCUCCCUAGGCCCAUUCAAUAUCAAGAAAGAGUAUAUCGUCAUCGACGAUUAA